GACCAGCUGGACAAGGAGGUGGCACACCGCUUGCAGGAGAUCAAGGCGCUCAAGGAGGAGUGCCGGCGGAGGAAGAAGAUGAUCGCCACCCAGCAGAUGAUGCUGGAGGCCCGAGCCAGCUACCACCAGUGUCAGCUUUGUGAAAAGGCUUUUAUGAACGAUUCCUUUCUACAAAGUCACAUGCGAAGGCGUCAUCCGGAAGAAUCUCAGAUAGAGCAGAAGAGGAAAGCAAAGGCAGACAAAUUGCAGGAGGAGGUUGAUAAGCUGAAGGAGCAGUUGCAGCUCACGAGGUCCCAGUUAGAGGCUGAACAACAGGCUAAUGUGGUCAGGUUUUCUAAGGAAUGUGAACAGCAAAAAUCAAAAGAAGAAGAAAUUCUACGAUCAUUUCAUAAAUGGAAAGAGGAGGAAGAAUAUAAGUUGGCUGAUGAAAUAGAAAAAGUCAAAGAUAUGUUUAUGAAAGAGCUUAAGGAGUUAUAUUCAAGAAAUGCAACAUUAGAAAAUGUAAGUGAUUUAAAUUUUCCAGCAUUUGAAGGCAUGAAUCUCCUAACA